AUGGCACACCCCCGAAAAGGUCUAUCAUACGUGCUAGGAGACACUAGCGAGAAGGAGAAUCAUAUUCUCCCCAUAAAUGCCAUGCAAUUUUCAAAGUCCCGACAGCAGUUGUACACCGCUAGUCGAGACGGCACAGUCAAGGUUUGGGGAGCCACGGAGCAAACACCAGAUUCAAAAUCUGGCAUUCCCGUGGACGAAGACGUAUACUAUGACGAUCUGCAAGAUGUUGCUGAAACAAUCUUGAAGCUAGAGACCUCACUUUCGUCAUCCCCGCUCGGCUAUACACUGCCUACAUCCACCUAUGACCCACUUAUCACCAGAAGUUAUAAUGUUCAUUUCGAUUGGGUGAACGACUUGAAGCUUGUGAAUAAUGACCGUAACUUGGUCUCCGCGAGCGCAGAUCUAUCCUUGAAGUUGAUAGACAUAGAAGGUGAUGAACGGCAUGUUCAAAAGUUUCAAAAUAUUCAUACCGACUAUGUCAAGAAGAUCUCGUCCAUACCGCUGCAGAAUUCACUCGUCAGUGGUGGAUUGGAUGGGAAGGUUGUGGUCUGGGAUAUGAGCCGGCUUGCUCCGGUGCUCAACUUCGAAAAUAACUCUACGGGGCUAAAUUUCACCAGUUCUAUCUACGCCCUUUCUAACGAUGACGGAUACUUGAUUUCCACUGGGGGUCCCAAUAAUACCAUCAACUUGUAUGACCGGAGGAUACCUAUUGAUGGAAACGCCAAUCUCAUUCGAAAGUUGGUGGGACAUCAGGAUACUAUAAGGUGUCUCUUGAUGAAUUCUAACUUCAUCUUAAGUGGAUCCUCUGAUAGUACAAUCAAACUCUGGGAUCUACGUAAUUUCAACGUAUACAAAAAUUUUGAUGUCCAUGACGACGCUGUUUGGUCAUUGUGCACAGGUGCUUCGUCCGAUCCAGGAUCAAGCUCUAUCACUGAUUUCAAAGAGUUUUAUUCGGGCGAUAAAGCGGGAAAUAUCAUCAAGACAGAUUUAAACUAUCUUUCAACACAUUCCAACUAUGAGGAAGACGACCGCUUCUUUAAUUCUACGUUCAUGUGUUCAGAUCAAGCUUACAUAGACGAGAAGAUCGGAUUGUGUACCCUUGUCGCAAAAGCUUCAUCCCCGAUCAUUUCUCUCUGUGUUGAAGGCGAAAAUUCGAUAUUUGCAUCUUGUUACGAUUCCUUGAAACGCUUUAAUAUUCCAAAGACUAAGGAUUUGGCCAAAUAUCAAUACCUUCGUGCAUGUCUGGAUCACUCGGACUGUCUAGAUAGAAAGUUUGAUGAUGAUUCUAACCCAGGGCUAGAUUCACCAGUCAACCAGUCUGACCUUGAUUCUGAUUUUUACGACAUUAUCAGUCAUCUCACAACGGAUUCCACGAACAUUGAUAUCGCAUCGUCCGUCUCGGGUACUUCUCGGGCUUUUCUGCCACAUACUCAAGAAACGAAUGAAUCCGAUAAUGAAACACAAUAUACAUCUAUGUUUCUCAACAUAACUGGAGGUCCAUCCUCAGAAUAUGUCAAUGCCUACAAAGACGAACUCCUUGAUGAAACUGUUGAGUUUAAUCCGAAUCGAUUUGUGGAUGAAACGCCAAUCGAAAUGCUUCUUAACCCCAUUCCCUCCGAUCAAAUUCUCACCAUCCCAUUUAACAAAACGCCAUUCCAAGAGUUUUGUGUCACUCCUAAAUCAAUUAGCUCAAAAAAAAUGUUCAAGAACAAGAGACAACUAAUCGCAUUAUAUGUGAACGGUGAUAUAAAAAUUUGGGAUAUUUUCAUUUGUAAAAUUGUCAAGUUGGUUCCUUUUGGAGGUGUCUCAAGGCGUCUUAAAGAUGACGAGCUUAAAUCGCGUUCAAAGGAAAUGGAUCUUAUCUUUCAACUGAAUCAAACGAACGAGGUGCUCACAAAUUGGUGUGAAGUUUAUAUAAGAUCAGGAAAACUCUUGGUAACUCUCUCGGAGACUUAUAUCGGCAAUGUUGAAAUCUACUACGAUGAGCUCGUGAAAGAUUAUCCGUUUUUGAAGGCAAGUGAGGAUAGCAGCCAAAAAAGUUCAACCGUGGCAAAAACCUUGGUUAUUUCUAACGACACCCGCUUUUGGCUUGGCCGGAUAUUUCUCACCUCACUUUUUCAGAAGUAUUGUCAAUUUGAAUGGGAAUCUGAUAAAAGACUUCGAGAAAGUAUGAGAGAUUUUAGGGAAAAAUCGGGAACAAAUGUGCCAGUUCUCAAUGGUGACUCUUCCUCGACUGAAGGCGAAGAUAUACCCAAGCGAAAGAAAUUAUUUUCAAGAGUUUCCUCCACAGUGCCUCGUGUCAAGAUUGCCGUAUCUCCCUUGGCUUCUACCGGCGGUAAUAUAACCGGGGGAAUAGAAGCAUAUACAUGUGAUAGACUUCCAGCAAAGGUUCCUCAUGAUUCAAUUGCCAAAAUGCUAAUGUCCAAUGAACACUUGUACAAAGAAAAGUACAGUACACAUGGACAAAAGAACUGUGUGGACUCAUUCUUCUCACUUUAUAGUGACGAGAGAACUUUGAGAGAAGGAACUGACGACGAAUAUAGGCCGCUUAUUCCAGACAGCUAUUUUCCAGAAGACCUUCUCAUCAUUGUUUAUGAGACUUCUACAGAUUUGGGUAACUUCAGGGACCUUUGCAGUUUUCAUUUGGGCGAUUUAAAACAACUUGAACAUUGUGACGUCACUGUUGAAAACCAACUCGUCAAUCAAUUAAGGUAUAACAUACCCAAAUGGAUAGGAACACCCAUACUUUACAACAAGUUUCCGGUGAAAGAACAACCAAAGAUUUCUUUUCAUUUAAUAGAAACGGAUUAUGCACUGCUCCCAGCAAAUAUGAAAAUCGGAGGCAAAUCGCAGAAAAAAAUCAAGAAGCUUCCCGCUAUAGAAACCACCAUCAAGCUCUCGUCGCACAGUAUGCUCCGAGUUGGAAAAAUCCUACAGUUUCUAACCGAAAAGUUUGAAUCCAGGACAACGGAAAUGAAAAUGAAGAAACCAGCUACGGAAUGGCUACUGUUGGAGUGUAAGGGCCAGGAACUCGAUGCUAAAAUGACGUUACAAACAAUCAAGACACUUAUCUGGAAAUCGGGAACGCAGAUUGAAUUAUACUAUCAUCGCAAAUUCGACUAA